AUGAUCGCUCAUUAUUGGUGUUACCCUCAACAUUUUCGCAUUCAAUCGAGAAUUUACAAUGAUAGAUAUAAAAUAUUAUUUUCAGAUACUUAUAUUACGUUAUUAGACAACGACUUUAAAGUGAAUUGUUGGCAGUUUGGCAUUCUUUUCUUCUUGUUGCAGUUAAGGGGCUUUUGCGGUUCUAGUAAGGAGAAAUAUACUUUCGAUAUUUCGCAGUCAAAUACGUUAUUUUGUACGGUUUGCUGUGUUUUUUACGGCAUUCCGAACCAACACGAGUUGACAAUACCUGGUAGUCUCGUUUUGAUGGUAUGA